AGUAAACAGAUUAGAAAGAAAUGAUUGAGAUUAUUAUUGUUAAAACAAAUAAUCUAGCUUAAAUUAUUACACAGUCCUUUACUAAUAAUUUAUUAACACAGCACCGCUAAAUUAUUCUACAUGCUUCGUGACACACAAUUUUGUUUGUUUACCACGAACUUCUUAUCAUUUGUUUGCGAGAUCAAUUCAAUUCUUCGUAAAUUUUUCACUGAACCUACCAAUAUUCGGUUCCGACACAUGACUCGGUUCACUAGUAUCGUUACCGACGAGGAAUGGUUCCACUGUACGAAUCUUAUUCACUAAUCCUGUAUACUUAUACAUAAAUAUGUUGGCCGUCUAUCGUAAUACCCGCAGUGAAAGUAAAAACUCGAUCGCGCGCUUAACGACGCGCGAGAGUUUAAAAAGUUACGGUGGUUCCUGUCGCGAAUAACAAUCAGUUAUUUGCGAAUCGAUACUUUAUGCGAAUCACGAAUUGUCUAUGGGCUAUGGGAGAGGAGGGCAUAAAAGCCAGACGCGGUCUAAAUGCAGCCAGUCGUCCAUUAUUUUCCAUUAGGUGCUUCCGCAACAAGCGCAAUUUUAACAAGUCAUGCAUGUUGAUAAAGUACUUUUAACAAUCAUCCUUUGUACGACAAACGUAUGGAGCAGCGAUCGAACGUUGACACGGAAUGCCAGGACAUUUGACUUGUCGUCGUUCACGUGGCCGCAAGCAUUGUUCAAACAUCAGCCCGAUGUUUCAAUCUUCCCAAGACUCUGGCCCAGUGGCUUGCAGCUUCGGGAAUGGACCAGGAACGGUAUCACGAGUCUAUUACGUUUCGUAAGUACCGAAAAUGAGCCGAUGCACAUCGAGUUCAGACCCGAGGAUGGACCACGCGCUGCGAAAGCAUAUCAACGGCGCUUUGGAUAUCGCGGAGAGUGGCUCAUUAAUCAAUUGGGGAACGGUCUUGGUCCUGAUAUUCAACUGAACCGGCAACCUGUACUCGACGUGUUCUUGAUGCCACCUCCAAUUCCCUUUAGUAAUAGUAAGAUGAUUCGCAACAGCGCGAGUGCACUCGAAUACAAUCGGUAGAAGUACAAACUA